UCACGUGUGUGUCAACUGUCCGAGCCGAGAGCAGCCCAGCAGUAACGGCAGCAGCACUACAGCUCCUCUGGGCGGACUCUUCCACUCUAACCACCGCCUCUUUCUCCAACUGUAUUGGGACAGAUUUAUGCUUCAGCUUUCUUAUUUAUGAGCACCAGUCCACCCUCCAGGGCCCCUCUAGGACGGUGCGACCGCGUAAAUGAAGUGUGAAGACGACAUGGGAAGUCCCGUGUACCCGAGAUGACCGAGGAUUUGGUCCAAAUAAUCACUUAUUUUUGUCGCCAGAGAGGGAAACUUAAAACAAGGCUUGUUUUUGGAGUUCCACCUCCCCUCCUCUCUCCCCGUAGGAUUUGAUUCAAAGGCGAAAACCAAGAUGGCCGCCGAUUCCGUGCAGGGGGAUGCCAGGGGCCAGCUGGUGGCGGAGCGACUGGGUUUAGGACACAACCUGGACCUGUCCGACACCAUGGUCCAACAGAAGCUGGACGAGAUCAAAGAGCAGAUCCGCCGCGAGAUCCGCAAGGAGCUGAAGAUCAAAGAAGGUGCAGAGAACCUGCGAAAGGUCACCACAGACAAGAAGAGCCUGGCUUAUGUUGACAACAUGCUGAAAGAAUCUAACAAGAAGGUUGAGGAGCUUCACCAGGAGCUGCAAGAGCUCAACGCCCACAUUGUGGUCAAAGACCCUGAAGAACUGCUAGAAUGCCCUUUGACCCCAGAUACCCCCAACAGUGAGGCGAGAAUGUGCACCAGCAGCAGCCGCCUGGCCGCCCUAAAAAGACAGAAUGACAUCGAGCUCAAGGUCAAACAGGGUGCCGAGAACAUGAUUCAGAUGUACUCCAACGGGUCCUCUAAGGAUCGUAAGUUGCUAGCGACUGCCCAGCAGAUGCUUCAGGACAGCAAGACAAAGAUCGAGUUCAUCAGGAUGCAGAUCCUCAAGGCCAGCCAGGCCAGCGAGCUGAGCUUCGAGAACAACGAUGUGAUGGACAAGCCCAUCAUCAGCCCGUUGGACCUACGGGUGGAGGAGCUUUGUCACCACGCCAAGAUAGAGUCCGCUGUGGCCGAGGGAGCCAAGAACGUCAUGAAACUCCUGGGCUCGGGAAAAGUCACAGAAAAAAGAGCACAUUCAGAGGCCCAGGCUCGUUUUAAUGAGUCCAGUCAAAAGCUGGACCUCCUGCGAUAUUCCUUGGAGCAACGCCUCAGUGAGUUGCCUAAAAACCACCCUCGCAGCAGCAGCAUCGUGGAAGAGUUGUCCCUGCUGUCGUCACCGGUCCUCAGUCCCAGAUCCAGCAUCAUCGCCACACAGAACCAGUACAGCACCGUGACUAAGCCCGCCGCACUCACAGGCACGUUAGAUGUCAGGCUCAUGGGCUGUCAGGACCUUCUGGAAAAUGUUCCAGGUCGUUCCAAAGCUGCGUCUGUCCCGCUGCCCGGCUGGAGCCCCAGCGAGACGCGCUCAUCCUUCAUUAGCCGAGCGAACCGAAACCGCGGUGUGAGCUCACGGAACCUGACAAAGAGCGAGGAGCUCUCCAAUGAGAUCAGCGCAGUGCUGAAGCUGGACAACACGGUAGUCGGCCAGACAAGCUGGAGGUCGGUCAGCAACCAGGCCUGGGACCAGAAGUUUACAUUGGAGCUGGACCGGUCUCGUGAGCUGGAGAUCUCGGUGUACUGGCGUGACUGGCGUUCGCUCUGCGCUGUCAAGUUCCUGCGGCUGGAGGACUUCCUGGACAACCAGCGUCAUGGGAUGUGUCUGUACCUAGAGCCACAGGGGAUGCUGUUUGCCGAGGUAACAUUUUUCAAUCCUGUCAUUGAGAGACGACCAAAGUUACAAAGACAAAAGAAGAUUUUCUCGAAGCAGCAAGGUAAAACCUUCCUGCGAGCCCCUCAAAUGAACAUCAACAUUGCCACCUGGGGCCGCCUGGUGAGAAGAGCCAUACCGACUGUCAGCACCAACUCUUUCAGCCCGCAGGCGACUGAGACUGGGCCCAGCAGCCUGCCUGGCUCACCCACACCCAGCAGCGACCCGCUGGUGACCAAGCUGGACUUUGACAAAGAGCCCGCCCCAGGACCCAAACACUACCCAGCACCCGACAACAUCCGAGAACCACUGGUGCAGGAUAAGAUACCCGACAAGGAGGAAGUACAGGAUGCACUCGCCUCGUUCGACUUCUUGACCAAGAGAAACAGCAUAGCGGUGAAGCCAGACCUGGACAGAGUGGUGGAGCAGGAGAUCCAGCAUCCAGACCUGGAGCUCACUGUCAUCCAGAAAGACCCAGAGAUAAGGGAAGAAGAGCAGUUCCACUUCAGUCUCCAAGACUUCAAAUGUGUGGCAGUCCUUGGACGUGGUCACUUUGGAAAGGUGUUGCUAGCAGAAUAUAAAAGCACAGGAGAGAUGUUUGCUAUCAAAGCUCUGAAGAAAGGAGACAUUGUGGCUCGCGAUGAGGUGGACAGUCUGAUGUGCGAGAAGAGGAUUUUUGAAACGGUCAACAGCGUCCGCCACCCGUUCCUCGUCAACCUGUUUGCGUGUUUCCAGACGCAGGAGCAUGUUUGUUUUGUCAUGGAGUACGCGGCGGGAGGCGACCUGAUGAUGCACAUCCACGCUGAUGUUUUCUCCGAGCCCAGGGCCAUAUUUUACGCAGCCUGCGUCGUAUUGGGAUUGCAGUUCUUACAUGAAAAUAAGAUCGUGUACAGAGAUUUGAAGCUGGAUAACCUGCUCCUGGAUACGGAGGGAUAUGUAAAGAUUGCUGACUUUGGGCUUUGCAAAGAAGGAAUGGGUUUCAGGGACCGCACCAGCACAUUUUGUGGCACACCAGAGUUUUUAGCUCCGGAGGUUUUGACUGAAACGUCGUACACUCGUGCUGUGGACUGGUGGGGGUUGGGCGUCCUAAUCUUUGAGAUGCUGGUUGGGGAGUCGCCCUUCCCCGGUGACGACGAGGAGGAGGUGUUUGACAGCAUUGUCAACGAUGAGGUCCGCUACCCACGGUUCCUCUCGACUGAGGCCAUUUCCAUCAUGAGGAGGCUUUUGAGGAGGAGUCCAGAACGACGACUGGGAGCAGGAGAAAGGGACGCAGAGGAAGUUAAGAAACAUCUAUUCUUCAGGAGCAUGGAUUGGAACGGACUGUUGGCCAAGAAGGUGAAGCCUCCGUUUGUGCCAACCAUCCAGGGCGCCAACGACGUCAGCAACUUCGAUGAUGAAUUUACCUCAGAGGCUCCGAUCUUAACCCCACCCAGGGAACCCCGAGCGCUGAGCUCCGAGGAGCAGAACACGUUCUCUGACUUUGAUUACAUCGCUGACUGGUGUUAGCUUCACCUGACCCCCGUCUACACACACACACACACACAUUCUCACACACACAUACACACACACACUGUGAACCAACCAACACAGCAAUGACUGUAGCUCACAUCAUUUUAAAACUUUCCUCUUCGUUGCCCAAAUGUUGAGGAGGAGCAACAAACGUGGCUCCCCGAGCCAUCGGGCAAAAACUCUGUGCCAUUGAGAAUAAAAGUCCAGAAGCCUCCCGAGGACCCCCACUUAUUUUUUAAUCCACAUGAAGAACUUUUUUGUUUUUUGUUUUUUAAGAAAAAGAAAAAUGAAACUCUGUUGUUGGAGAGUGAAGGAGGAGGGAUGCUUUGUCCUCCUGCACACGUUGUCGUCGUGUCCAUUGUCUGACCACUGAGAAUGUUUUUCAUAUGAACUCUGAGAAGACGGCAACAAUCACAAUCAUGUUAUUCAGUGUCACUGUCUUCAGUCUUUUUUUUUUUUUUUGAUCUGUACAGAUUAUAUUCAGUCGUAUAUUUUAUUGUUGUGUUUUUCUGUCUUCAUUUGCAAAGCCCUAGCCAUAGCUUAAGGACAUUUUAUCUCACUGUAAAGUUUGACAUUUUGCCACGAUCAUGUCUGAAACUGGUGUUCAGUGAAUUAGAAGUGCUCGAAGCAUUAUCACUGAGCGGUCAACUACAGCAAACAUCUUGACUACUACUGCUGCUCCUUGACUUGAAAUCCAAGUAAGAGUCUUCACACUACAUGUAUUUUUGUCUAGGGGCCCAGUCUUUGUCCACAACCUGUUUGCUCACCUGAAGCGUUCAUGUCUGCGUUCAACAACCCACACAAUAAUAAUUCUCUUUAGUGUUAAACAGCAGUCCAUCCAGUGUUACGUGCUGCUUAAAAUGUUAUAUUAAUUACCAUCACUUAUUUUUAUCUGGAAAUUAAUAUUGGAAAUGAGUUAAUAAUUAAAAAUGCAUUUUGGCCAGAAGAAAUAAUGCAAAAUAUAUACAGUAUAUAUAUUUUUGUCUGAUGCCCUCAAGUGGCUCUGUAGCUUUUGGUUGAUAUUCAGCUGAACUCUCUUCUAAUGAUCAAAGGGCCGCUUGGUAUUGUAUCUUUUGAAGCAAUAAAAUCAAACCUUAACAUUCAGUUAAUUAUUUUGUCAGAGCUGAGUUCAGUUGGAUUCAAUCCUGUUUUUUUUUUUGUUAUUGUUUUUCAUUCCUCAAAGAACAGCCGGUUGUGGUGGACCUGACAGAUUUUUUUUUUCUCGUUACCUCAGUCAAAGUGAAAACACUAAAGUGAGUCGCACAGUUACAGCAACCAAAACCAAUUUCAUCCUGUCGCUCUUGAAGCAGCAGACGACAAACAACUCUUCAUGGUUUAAAAAAAAUAAUAAUUCUGAUUGAUUGGAUGAGUGAACCCAAUGACAGCAAAGAUGUGGUGUUCAAAACUCCAUUAGACAAGCGCAGAGCUGUGUAGUAUGUGGGAACAUACUAAACUGUUAUUCUAGGUCUCUGUCAAAAUGCCAUUUAAAUGCUUCCCACACUGUUAUGUGAUCAGUUAAAUUUUUCAGGCUGGCACGGAGGAACCAGCUGAUGACUUUGUCAAUUUGCAUGUUAUAUGUAAACUGACUCAAAAGUUGGAGACCUGUUGAUAUGAAUCACUACAGGGGAGGGCAGGGUAUAUUAUAUAUACAUACUGUAUGUACACAAUUAAGCUGAAAGCACUAAUUUUAUCAAUAGUUUUUAAUUAUCUACGUUUUCUUAAUGCUGAAAAUAGAUUGUACAAAGUUUUUUUUUUUUUAUUCUUUGCUUGUGCAUGUUGUUGCUAGAACAGAUGAAAACUUUAUGGAUGGUACACCAAUACUCAAGUCACACAACUGUUGCUGUUCACCCCGGUGUAAAAAAAAAAGAAAAGGCAUUUCUGCAGUAGUUUGUUGCCCAUCGUGAAUGCACAAAUUAAACAUUUGUAAUAGUUGCUUUUGCUUUUAUUUGUACCCCUGAGAUCGAACACAUCCUAAUGGUUAAUUCUGGGUAUUUUGAAUUUUACCUGCCUUUUGUUCACCCUGGAAACUGUCAUUUUAAGGAAUCAACAAUCUGAAGUUUUGAUGUAUUCAAGUGCUCACGAAGAGGCUGUGGACUGUUUUCCUUUACAUUCAAUCUAUAAAAGGCCGGUAUAGUAAAAAAAAAAAAGUUUUAUGUAAACAAAUGUUAUCUCAAACCAUGAGCUGAUUACCAUGCUUUAAUAAAAAUCUUUUAUUUUUUAAA